GAGCUGCACCGACCCGGACUGAUCCGAACUGUGCCGCAGUCCGAACCUGAUCCGGGACAAGGCGCUGCACAGAGGAGGGACUGAUGGUUUCAGUUACAUCUACAUUCAUUUAUAUUUUUAUUUAUUUAUUGCUGAUGUCACACUUGUCGGAUUCAGUGCGGGAUGCAUGCGCACUUUGCCGGCCCGUGAUGGAGCCGCUGUUUGAACACCCGGGCCUGCACUUGUCUGCGGAUGAAUAGAUGCUACAGCAGGCACGCGCGGAGAUCUUGUCAUCGGGAAGAAUCUGUUUUCGUGGCAUCAGGUAUGGAGGAGCUCUGCUGCUGCAGAGAGGCGGACCGAGCGCGCGCGUCCUCCGACUGCAGCUGGACAUGUUCAGGAGAUGAUCUGAACUAAUUCAAGGCACCAGGCCAAACGCGCCGGGCUGGAGAACUGCGUCACGGCGAGCGCUGCAGGUAGUGGGGCAGUAACCCCCACUGGUGCACCCGGGAGAGGAACCAGCAUCAUGGUGAGGGUUUGACUCUCUGGACUGGGAUGGAUUCUGCGGACAACCUGCCGCUGGGAUCCACGUACUCCUCUGCGCCCAACCUGGACUCGGACAUUAACGCGAACUGCAGGUGCGUGUUUGAGAACGGCACGGACCACAAUGUCAACAUCCAGAACGCGUCGCUCCGCGGGGCCAGCGACCCCAGCAUCUACACCUCCACGGACCCCCAGGGCCUGGUCCGGAGGAGGUUCGUGCGCAGGAGGCUGUGGGUGUCAGACCACGAGGAGCAGCCCGUGGACGCGCAGGAGAUCAUUGUCAACAGCAGCGCGGUGCUCAGCAUCGACCUGAGGACUAUAGUAGACCGGAGCCGGGCCCGGGUUCUGCAGGGGGCUCUCCUCCAGGAGACCUCCAGCACGGAGAGCCAGGUGGGCCUGAAGGACAGCGCCACGGAGAGCGUGAGCGCGGACGAGGAGAAGGUGGACAGGAACGAAAACGAGCCCAAGAAGACAGAGGUGGGGCCCUCAGACGUCACAGGUAAAGCAGGAAGUGACGAGAACGAAGAGGAGCCCGGGAUGAAGGCUGUGUCCACCUCACCUGGGGGGCGCUUCCUCAAGUUUGACAUUGAGCUGGGGAGAGGGUCCUUCAAGACCGUCUACAAGGGUCUGGACACUGAAACCUGGGUUGAAGUGGCUUGGUGUGAGCUGCAGGAACGGAAACUGUCCAAAGCUGAGAGGCAGCGGUUCAAAGAGGAGGCAGAGAUGCUCAAGGCGCUCCAGCACCCCAACAUCGUUCGCUUUUACGACUUCUGGGAGUCACCGGUGAAAGGGAAGAAGUGUAUCGUUCUCGUGACAGAGCUAAUGACAUCGGGAACACUGAAAACAUAUCUAAAGCGUUUUAAAGUCAUGAAGCCCAAGGUUCUCAGGAGGUGGUGCAGACAGAUUCUGAAGGGCCUGCACUUCCUCCACACGAGGGCCCCUCCGAUCAUUCACAGAGAUCUGAAAUGUGACAACAUCUUCAUCACUGGUCCUACAGGCUCCGUCAAAAUUGGAGACCUGGGCUUGGCAACACUGAAAAGAGCCUCUUUUGCCAAAAGUGUUAUAGGCACUCCAGAGUUUAUGGCCCCGGAGAUGUAUGAAGAGCACUACGACGAGGCUGUGGAUGUGUACGCCUUUGGGAUGUGCAUGUUAGAGAUGGCCACCUCAGAAUACCCCUACUCUGAGUGUCAGAACGCUGCUCAGAUCUACCGCAAAGUCACCAGUGGGGUGAAACCUGCCAGCUACGGCAAAGUCAGCGACCCAGAAAUUAAGGAGAUCAUUGGCGAGUGUAUCUGUCACAGGUGGGAGGAACGGUAUUCCAUCAAGGACCUCCUGAAUCAUGCGUACUUUGCAGAGGACACAGGUGUGAGGGUCGAGCUUAACGAGGAGGACGAUGGGAAAAAAUCCUCCAUUGCUCUAAAGCUGUGGGUCGAAGAUCCUAAGAAGCUGAAGGGGAAAUACAAGGACACAGGAGCCAUUGAGUUUACCUUCGACCUUGAGAAUGAAGUCCCAGAAGUAGUCGCUCAAGAAAUGGUGGAAUCUGGAUUUUUCCUGGAAUGUGAUGUGAAGAUAGUUGGAAAGUCAAUUAGAGAUCGCGUUGCUCUGAUCAAAUGGAGGAGAGUGAGGACCGGCUCACCGAACGCAAAUAGUGAAGCCGCUGGGAAGAAGAUGAAGCAGAACCUUUUGCAGGUGCCCGGUACUGGCGCACCCGAGGAAACCACAUUAGCUCCUUUGGACUAUGAAGACCAAGAAACUCUGACAUGCACUGUCCCUGUCAUCACAUCUGCCACAUCUGAUAGUGGAGUAAACUCUUCCAUGCUAUCAGAUGAUCUAAGCAAUCAGCAAAAUGGCACAUACCAGUCACUCCCAGAACCCAUUCCCACAGCUCAGAUGGUCUGCGGUCCUCCUCUACAGGCUGAGCCUCAACUACAUCAGGGAGGCUCCUAUCUACCCACAGCACAGGCCUCCCAAGAAAACAACACACAGCCAGCCACACAGUUACACCCAGGAGGUUACCAGCAGCCCACAGGUGCGCUGCAGCUUGGGGCUUUUCAGAAACCUGCAACACAACUGCACCAAUGUCAACCAACAGGUUCUGCUCCAGUAGUGUCAGCACCUUCUGGACAGCAGAACAGACAGACAGCACAGAGUAUCCUGUCUGCAGCUGCACCUCUGCAGACUGCCCAGCGCAGCCAAGAGCAGUGUCAACUCCAACCAGCUGCUGUCCCAUCCCAGUUGUUAUCUGCUGACCAGCCUGCGUCACACCUGAGUCCUCCUGGUACCGCCAACGGUUUCCCGUUCUGCAGUGCUCCUCCCCCCCUUCUGCCUCUGCAGAUCAGUACACAGUUUUACUCAUCAUACCCCAUUGUUCACAUGCCCUCUCCCUUCUCCUUAGCUUCUCUGCCCAGCAGUGAGACUCCAAUAUCUAGUCCCUACUACUCACGUUCACCUCACCUGCCUUCCCUUCCUCUCACUCCUCAUGCAGCCCCUCCAUCUGUACCUAGUCUUGGCACCCCUCAGACCCCCCUAUCCACACCUCAACACAUGCCCAGUUUGGCGCUCCCUGUUCCACUUCUCGGACUGGCCAAGUCCCCUGUGGUGCCACAGCAACAAGGUGGCCUCCCCACAUCUCAGCCAUACUUCGGUAGCUUCCAUUCCACCCAUCCUUUACUCUCUCAGGUACAACCCACCCCAUUCCUUGCCCCCCUUCCUGAGCAGGAACUGACUGAACAGCCUGUCCAGGUAAUUGCUCCCCAUGGGGCUCUGGGAGAUGCUCAGCUUUUGGAAACAGUCCCUCCUGUAUUGCCUGCUGGUCACCUUCCACUCUGGGGAGAAGCUACUGCUACUGGCCAUGACUUAUCUGGAUUCUCAGCUCCAACUUUAAUCUCCAUCCCAGCUACAGUCCAGUUUGAAACUAAAGUCCCAGCUCAAACUCCACCUCCAGUCCCAGUGUCAGCUCAAGCUGCAGCAGUGCCUCCAACUUCAGCCUCAACACUUGUUAAAGCCCCAACUUCAGUGCCAACACAUGUGUCACAAACACUGGAAACUAUGUCCUCUGCCCAAGUUCAAGCACCAUUAACUACAUCAAGUUUUACUGCAGAGCUAACAACGAUCUCCACAAUGGGCUCAGGCGCACCCUCUGCCAGGAGUAAAUUUCAUAUCUCCACCCCUGGUUUAGUUUCUGACCCAGUUUCUGUCACUCCGCCAGCACCAAUUCAGCCUGCAGCUCCUGUUGCAGCUUCAGUUCUGCAGCCUGCUGGCAUCCAGACAACAGACUCAGUGCCCGAGUGUGCCAGCCUGACUACAACUCAGCAAAAUUUGGAGUCAUCUAUCUCUGGAAGCCUUCAACAAGAGCCCUAUGUAGAGGAUUUUCUUCGUGAUAAAGCGUUAUCACUUUCUAGUUAUGCCUAUGACAGUGUCAACUCGGAUGUAGCAUCAGGCAGAGAAACAAGUGACGGCUUUGAAAGCUUGGCUAGUGGGAGCAAGGGGGAUAUAAAACCCAGAAAGCACCACCGUAAAUCUUCCCGCACACGUUCCAGGCAAGAAAAGACCAGCAAGCCCAAACUGAGCAUGCUCAAUGUUUGUAACACUGGUGAUAAAAUGGUCGAAUGCCAGCUGGAGACUCACAACCACAAAAUGGUGACAUUUAAGUUUGAUCUGGACGGAGAUGCUCCUGAGGAAAUUGCCACUUACAUGGCAGAGAAUGGUUUUAUCUUACCGAUGGAAAAGGAGAUCUUCAUUGAUCAACUGAAGGAUAUUGUGGACAAGGCUGAAGACAUGCUGAAUGAAGACAUGGGUGAUGAAAAAAGCACAGCUUUGAGCUGUAGUCCACUACAAGGCCAGAUGUCGGAGGUAGGGGAGAGUCUGCAGCCAGGAGCACCUCAGCCUGUAUAUCAGCAAAAUGUUCUUCACACAGGAAAGAGAUGGUUCAUAAUCUGCCCAGUGGAGGAGACACCCACAUCUAGUCAGGACACCCCGUCUGAUGGAACAGCCACGCAGUCACCUGGGAGCUCAGCCACUACGCAGCUCGCUGACAGCAUCACUGCAAAACCCUCCACCUGCAGAGAAGAGGGCUCCUCUUCCACAAUGUCCGGUGAGAGUGGAGGAUUUCACUUUGAGGUUUAUGGAUUCUCUAGUCCCCCAGUGGCAUCGAACACAGACCCACUCCUCUUGGCAGCUCUGUCACCUCCUGUGUCUGCACCCCCAGCUCUCCAGUCAACAUCUUCGCUGGACCUUGCCGUCAGCUCUGUCCAAUCUGCUGUUCCUCAAGUCAAACCAGUUAGAGCUCAUACGUUGCCCCCAUCGUUACCUCAUACAUAUUUCCCAGUGGAAGAGUCUCAUGGAGCUCCUCUGGGCUCCGUCUCUUCUCCUCGUACAGCUCAGCAGAAGCUUGAUUUGACACGUCCAGUUUCUAUUGUAGAUGAGGUGCCUUGCUGUCCUCUUGUUAUGCCUCUAUCCCUGGAUGCGAGCGCAUCACAAGGUGGUUCUCCCCUCACCCCUCUCCCCCUCAAGGAGCUAAGUUCAACCAAAGAGCCAUCAUCUGCGUCCUACGCCCCGGCAGCCCGCUCCGAACUGACACAUCAGCCUGUGGUUCUCCAUCAGCCUUUUGCAACUGUGGGUGGGACCAAAGGGUCUUCUCUACCUCAGAGUCCAGCACCAUCCCAACACGGUGCAGGGCCCAGUGAGUCUGACAGUGAAGGACGACUGGGCCGUGGCGGUUUUGUCGACAGCACCAUUAAAACGUUGGAUGAAAAACUAAGGAAUUUACUUUAUCAGGAGUACGCUCCCAUGUAUCCAUCAGGCAAUGCUGCAGAGACACCAGGAUCCGGCACAGAGUACAUUCAGUUUCCUCCUGGUCCUGACAGCGCCACAGGAGGGUCAGGGAACAGCACCCCAGGGCCUAUCGGGGAGGGACGCUACAGGGCAGGAGAACAGCUGCCUCAAAUUCCUGAGAGAAUGGACAGUCUGAGCACACUGAGUGACUCAGCUGUGUGUGCUUCUUUCUCAAGAAGACCGGUCCCUCACUCUGCGUCUUGCACUGGAACUAGAGGUCGAUUUAAGAUCAUCUCCGUUCCUCCUGAAGUGGCCAACAGACGGGAUGUGAAGCAGAGGAGUUGGAGCAGCGCGGCCUCCCCUGCACACCCCGUCGGUUACAUCAGGGACCAUGUUCAGGCUGAGGCCUUGGCUACCUCCACCACGAUUGGUCGCUUCUCUGUGGUGAGCACAGAGGAUGAAAUCACACAGAGGACACGCUGCAGCCGCUACUCUGCCCCACCGGAUUUCUACCUGGACACGCCUCCUUCCAUGGACUCCGGGGCGGAGAGCAGCCCUGUGAAGCCAACUCCUGCCACGCUGUUGCAUCACCCUCGCUCCGAACGCAGAGGAAGUGACCUCAUGAAGCGGGCAGUGGCCUUUCUCCGCCGCACCGGUCGCAGCAGCAGUGUGCAGAGCUCUGACUCACCAGGGAGGCAUGGAGGCGUGCACGGCUCUGCCUAUGCCAGCAGUGAUAAUGACUCAGAGAUGGAGGACUCUGACAUUAAAAAGGAACUUCAGAGACUAAGAGAGAAACAUCUGAGGGAGAUCUCGGAGCUACAAGCACAUCAGCGGGGAGAGGUGGAGCUGCUCUAUCGAAGGCUUGGUAAAGCACCUCCUCCCGGUCUUGGUCUUUUACAUGUCGCUCCACAUGGAAGUCGCAGAAAGAGGUCCAGCAGGCACAGGCUAAAACCAGGAAAACUUCUCAGCCCUCUGGUUCAACAGUUUAGAAAUGUUAAAACCAAAAGCGGUGACUCCGGCAAAUCCAGCUCUGCAGCUGCUGCUGUUGCUACAGCUGAGCCCACAGUGAGUUUAAAUGGCUCUCCGGCCAAAACGUAUUUCCCCACCCACAGCAGGCCACAGUCGUGCACCAGCCACCUCCCCACAUCAACCUCAGAACCUGUACAGACCCAGCAGCCCUGUUCCCUCAAAGGCUCCCUGUCUUCUGACAAUAUUUAUGCUGGACUACAUGGAGACGGUGUAAGCACACAGGCUUCACCUGGCCAAGGGUCCACACUGAAAAGACUGUGUCUUGGUAAAGAGCGAGGCAGCAGAUUUGGAGCUUCAGCGUCCGGUGCAUUCAAUCAAUCACAGCAAAUGCCCGGUGUUGUUACACCUCCUCCUCCUCAGCCUGUUACUGGCCUGGCCCAAGCACAGGCUAAUAACAGCAACAACAAAAGAGGUACAUCUGUGAAUGCCAUAGAGAAUAACAUACCUGAAGACUUGCAGGGACUGAUGGAUGAUUGGGCUCAGGAGGUUCUUAUCGUCACCCAUCGGCCUCGCACCACCUCUCUGAAUAUCCUUGGGCAGCAGCAGUGGGAUCAAGCUAGACCUCAAACACAUGAACAUCCUACUAAUGCUUCAGAAGUAUCUUCAUGGACAACCCAAGGCCCAAUAGCCAGUACCUUACCUCUGUUGUGGCCUGAUAGCCCUGGGCCGACAGUGAUGACCAGUUCCUCUCCAGGACCCCAUCCCACCUACCAGCUACACUCUUCUGCUUCGUUCAGAUCCUUGCCGUCUCCUCUGUCUUUUAACCAGUGGCCUGGGUUUUUCUUCCCCGUUCCUCCAGGAGUCUUUGCCUUUCCUUCUGUGCCCUCUACCCAGUCCAGUUCCAUUUCUGUGCCGUCACAUCAGCUGACUGAUCCCAAGGCAAAGACUCUGUAA